AUGUAUUUCAUUUGUAACUUAAAUUAAAAUCAACUUGCUAUAAAAUGAAAUAUAUUUUCAAUAACAAUAGAUAGUUAUUUUUAGGGUAAUAACGUAGACACACAAAAAGGAACACAAAAUAUAAGAAAAGGAAAAUACUCAAGAUAUUACAAACAAAGAAAUAAUGGCCGAAAGUGAUCAACCUGUAACGGCAAUUGAGUCAUCAUCAUCAUCACCUCCAGUACUUAAUAUAUCAGGAAGGGUUAUCAAUGUACCAAGAUUACCACGCAUAAAUAAAAAAAAGAAGAAAACUUUCAAACCGGAUACAACGAUCAAUCCAAAUACAUUUCCAGCCAUAUUAAGUAAGAUCCUGUUGAAAUCUGAUGAACCACCAAAUAGUCCUCCCAACAAUUAUACAUCCGAUGUGUAUAGUGAAUACGUGUGUGUUGCAAUCUUCAUAAAUAAUUCUACUCGUAUGCGCGUGCAUCAUAUGUUCUGCUCAAAUUCCAAGGAUUGGAGAAAAGAUUUUGAGAGAGUUAGGAAAUUGUAUGAAAAACAAAAGGAUCUUCAAUCUAGGAAUCAAGUGUCCGUCGCUACAGUUUGUUCCCGCAGUCUUUACCGCAGUGCCCAAAAGGACCUCAAGGAAUAUAAAUGGAAUAGAGAGGGAAAUGUCUUCGAGAUACCUUUAGAACUUGGAACAGAUGAGUGGUUAAGAAGUCGUCUUCAAAAUCUGCAACAAAUUGAAAUGGAAAAGUUAUUUAAUUAUAUUAAAUUUUUAAGUAUUAAUAAGCAAUAAAACAGGAACAGAAAAUUCGAA